CUGCGAGUUCAAAUCCUCUGUAAAAGUGUGGGAUGGGACCUGGACUUCACCCAGAAAGCCCCAAGGGGCUCCAUCAUUUUCAAAAGUGUAUUUUCCACUGGUUGACUAUAUAACUCUUCUGGACUCUUAUGUGAUAAAUCUGUUCAUGAAAUUGCAAGCUUCCUCUUCACUGCCAUUUCCUAAUACAUUUAACAUUGUAGUCUCAGAUGCCUGAGGACAAUGAGUAGCGGCAUGAUCAGAAAUUGAAUAACAGACGCAGAUCACGUCAGUACAGUGGAGCCAAAAGCUUUACAUGAGAGGACACAGGUACAUACAUAAGUUUCUUGAAGACGUCUUGGAAUCUACAUGUAGUGAACAUGUCUCCACAAGCAAACAUCAGUAGAGAGGACCCAUGCAUGGUGGAUUCAGAAUUCAGAUACUCCCUCUUUACAGUGUCAUAUAGCAUCAUUUUUGUCAUUGGAUUCCUUGCAAACAGCUAUGUCUUAUGGGUUUUUGCUAAAGUUUAUCCAGCUAAGAGGCUGAGCGAAAUUAAAAUAUUCAUGAUAAAUCUAACGGUUGCUGACCUCCUAUUUUUGGUGACACUGCCUCUGUGGAUUGUAUAUUACAACUAUAGAGGGGACUGGAUAAUGCCGGAAUUUCUUUGCAACGUGGCAGGUUGUUUCUUUUUUAUCAACACAUACUGCUCUGUCGCCUUUCUUGGAGUCAUCAGUUACAACAGAUUUCAGGCUGUUACAAGACCUGUAGAGACUGCCCAGUCUUCUGCCAGAUGUAAAGCAAUAUGUAUUUCAACAUGUGUAUGGGUAGUUGUGUUUUUUAGCUCAUUGUAUUUUCUUAUUUUUCCUGGUACUAACCAAGUGCAGGCCACUGAAGGUCACAACUACACUAGAUGCUUUGAAGGAUACGAUGCUGACAACAGAGAUCCCGUGGCAGCCAUUCAUUUUGUUUUAAUUGCUGCCUUCUUUCUCGUUUUCCUCCUUAUUUUAGUUUGCAAUGUAGUGAUUUUUAAGACUUUAGUCAUCCAGUCAGUGCAAGCCAGGCAGAGUGCAGAAAUGAAGCGCCGUGCUUUGAACAUGGUUGCCACUGUUCUAGGUGUUUUUGUGAUAUGCUUUGUCCCACAUCACAUUGUUCAUGGACCCUGGACCCUUACCGUCUUAAGGUUGUGGCAUGAGAGAGACUGUGAAUUUCGGAAAGCCUUGAAUGAUGCCCAUCAAAUCACUCUAUGCAUUAUGAGCACCAACUGCAUGCUUGACCCAAUCAUCUACUGCUUCCUUACCAAGAAAUUCAGGAGGCACCUAUCUGACCGAAUCGAGAGCAUGCGAGGAACUCGUAAGUUUUCCAGAAAUACCACUGAAACAAACACAGAUGUUACACUUCCUCUCAAAGACAAGCAGACUGUUACAUGUGAUCUCUAGAACGAUGAUUACAAUUUAGUAAAGGUUUCAAAAGAACUCAUAUAUGUAUGGUACAGACUACUGACUUACCUAAAAACUGUGGUGGUAUUUGAUUUUAGUAGUCAAACAAGUGGGUCAUUGUAGAAUAUGUAUACUUAGAAUUAAUGAAACAAAUGCAAAAUAUAUAUACUGAUUAUGCUUGCUAAGAGUUUUUGGUUGUGUAGGUCAUAACAUUUCCAAUAUUCACUAGAAGGCUUAUUCUUACUUUGAUGUGUUCUUUUUUCUAUUAAAGGGGUCUUCCAAGCUCCCCAGGAUAGGUCAUUAAUGUCAGAACGUUGAGGCUCUGACAGCUUGCACCCCCGUCGCUGUUCCCUGCAGCCCCUGGAACUAGCAGUUUGAAAGGAACAGGAAGCACGUCUUCCUUUUAAAGGGUAGCGGCUGUGCUAGGUUACUACAGCUCAGCUCCCAUUCACUGCAAUGGGAGAUAGCCUACUGUAACCCAACUGAGCCACUACACUAUGAACGGAGCCAUGCUUCCUGUUCCUUUCAGACUGCUAGUUCCAGUGCCAGAGGCUGCAGGGAACAUCUGAUCGGACUUCACCGACCUGAUAUUAAUGAGCUAUCCAAAGGAUAGGUCAUUAAGAUCAGGAGCCUGGAAAACUCAUUUAAAUAAUUAAAUGUAGAUACUGAGUUCUGUCAUGGAUGUUUUUCCAUACACUAUAUUUUUCUGUGUCUUCAGGAGGAAAUAGGCCCCAAGUGAUGGAAGAGGUCAAGAAAAUCAGUAUAGCUCCUAUGGAUACCUGAAGAAAGUGGUGGAUUUGCUCUUUUCCUAAAAUUG